GAAAGUACGUCGGAGGGCUCUAGGCUUAAUCGCGAUGUGGACAGCCGAAUUUGAGAGUGAUUCUACUCUCGGUGUGAUGGAGGACUGUUAUAACAGUUUACAGGCGAAAAGUAUAUUGACCAUACUUUGACAUUGUUCUUUUCGUUCAACCGUUUUCCAGAUUAUAAAUUUGAAACACCGCAAGAGCCUCCGCCACCAACUGUGGACGACGAAAUUCGUCGAAAGGAGGAAGAGGAGCUUCAGCGUGUCCUCGAAAUCUCCAUGGAAGACAAGGGCGGACGAGACCAAUGGGCACGGUACAACGACACUGUAUCAAGUGGUGCAGGUGGAUCUGGUUCAUCGCCAAGUUUGCCUCGCGCAUCCGGUUCCUCCAGUUCGUAUCACGCCCCAUCAUCGUCCUAUGCAACACCAAGUUACUCGACGGGUUAUACCUCCGCGCGUACACCUUCACCGAAGCAGCAGCAGGCACAGCAAUUCGUUACCACCGCAGCACCUUCUACCCCAACAGCGACUGUCUCACCUCCUCAAACCAAUAUCGUCACUCGGGUUCGCGCACUACACACCUUCGAGCCCACAGAACCUGGUGAGCUUGGAUUUGAGAAGGGUGAUGUCAUCAAGGUGGUAGAUCGUGGUUACAAAGAUUGGUGGCGAGGCCAGCUUAAAGGAAGAACCGGAAUUUUCCCCGUAAACUAUGUGGAGGCAAUGCCUGAACCUACUGCUACCGAGCUGGGAAGAGAAGCAGAGCAGGAAGCGGCUGUUUUUGCCCAAGCUGUUAAUGUUGAGAAGCUGCUCAACAUGUUGAGAUCAUUGGAUCCAGCCAAGGAUAACCUUGCAGAUAACGAAGAGAUUCAAGAGCUCUAUCGGUCGAGUAUGGCUUUGCGCCCCAAGAUUGUGAAGCUCAUUGACAAGUACAGUCAGAAGCGAGCUGAUCUUGUAUCAAUGAACGAGACGUUCGUCCGCGCGCGCACCAUAUUUGAUCGUAUGAUGGAAGAAAGCCUUGCUCGCCAUAGUGCGAUGUAUGAACAACCUUCUGCUGCAUACCAACCCGCAAGCCAAUUUCCUAUCGCACGUCCAGACUCUCGUGGACAGGCAGUGCCUGCCUCUUAUCCAUGGAAUCAGCAACCUCAGCAGCCGGCAUAUGGCGCGUACCCCCAGUAUGCAGGACAGUAUGGUCCUCAACCUCAACCCGUGGCUACCGCGUACGCCCCUCAGCCUUAUGGACCUCAGGGACCGUUGCCCUAUCCUGCUCAAGGUCAAGGUCAACCGGGAUCCGCCGCAGCUCAAGCAAUGCCUGCUCAAACAUCGCAAAAUUCUAUUCCAGUCCAAGCGCAAGGAGCGGCGUCAAGCCAGGCGCAAGGAUCCAUGCCUUCUGACGCUCAGGGACCCUUACCUGCACAAGUGCAAGGAUCCCUGCCUGCACAAACUCAAGGUUACAUGCCCGCACAAGCACAAGGGCAUGUACCCACACAAGCUCAAGCAGCACAAGUUUUAGGACAGACACCACAGCAAGCCGACCCUACAAUCCAAUCUCAGUCACAAGCUCAGGUGCAGCAUCAGCAGCAAAUUCAGGGUCGUCAAGUCGCUGCUCCUUAUGUUUACGAUCCCACCAUGACUUAUUCUGACCCGAAUGUACAAGCCUGGGCGCAGUACUAUGCUAAAGGCGGGAAGGAUCUUGCUGGCGCCGUCUAUUUCAUCUCCGUUCCUGGUGUGACGGAUAAUUUGCCGCCUCACGCUACUCCUGUGCCCGAACCUCAACCUCAGUCACUUCAACAUCAACCUCAGCAUCAAAUACAAACCAACGAUGUGGGUUCCGCGGAUACGCUUCCAUCGCCUUUCCCUUCUGGUGAUCAGCAGAAGCAACCUGUCAUAGCGAAUGAAGGGGGAAGAAGUCCAGUGGCUACUUCUUCAACCCCAUCAUGGGUGUUGCCAAAAGUUUCGUCACCGGCAAGGCCCCCGGGUGGCGCCAGUUCCCCCGCCCCAAGUGGUGCUGGAAUGGAAGGUGGAUACGGAAGAUCAUCGUAUUAUGCCUUAUCAGGACAUAUGGCGGGAAUGAGUAUUAGCGGAGACCAGACACAAGGCUCCGCUCAUGGGUACCAAGGUGUCGGUGCGACGGCGUGAAAUGAAGCGAAGCAAUGUUGCACUCUUAUGAUUAACUACCAGAUUUUGUGAUUCGGAUAUUUAUUUUGUGUUCAUCACUACCCUCUGCAAAUUCUACAAUUCUUCUAUCUUUCUCACCUUGACAAUAAAAUCCUUAAUCAUAAUCCCCUGGAAUUUCUUCGUUGAUUUUUAAGCUUUGCAUACAUGUGGACCAAUUUGAAAUUGCUCUUUUAGACUU